GAUACAUUCCCCUAAAAGGGAAUGAAAGAAUAAUAAAUAAUAAUUUAAAAUAACUUCUAUAAAAAUGGUUAAUCUACAAGAUAUUAGUUGCCAGCUUAUGAAGCCGGCUAAAGAUCUUGCAAGUUGGAACUUUCCGCUUUCAGAAAUUCUACAGGAAUAUUAUUCUUUACUUGAAGAACAUUGCAAUGUUAAUUUUGGAGAAGCUGCUUUAAUUCUUCAAAAUUCUGUUAAUAUAUAUGUACACAGAGUCGAGCGUCUUCGCGAUGAAACCGCAUGUUUAAGUGGAAUGUUUAUCGGUUACGAAGAUGGAAAUGCAAAUGAAAAUUCAAAACAUAAUAAGAAAAAUUUUAAAAACUCCAUUAAUUUUGAUGAUUUUAAAUUGUGCAAUUUGGCAGAUGAAGUGGGAAAGAAUAUUAAUACAAAAAAUAAAUUUAAUGUAGAAAAACCUGUGAAAUUGUUAACAAGGCGCUUUGCUCAAUUAGAAAAUAUUGCAGAAGAUCUUGUACAUAAUAUGACAGAAAUAAUUGAUAUUCAUGGAGAUGUUAUUGGAAAAAAAUAUCAUUUCAGAUGCAAUCAAUAUUUGAAUAUGAAUGGUCAACUGAUAGAUGAACCUACACCAGAUGACUUUGGAAUAAUGGAUAUUGAUAUCUCUGCUACGUCGGGGUAUUGCUCCAAUAUGUCAACAUUUGAUAGCAGUUAUAAUUUUAGCAAUCCAAUUAGUAUAUGUAAUAUAGUGACCAACAAUAACACAGAAACUUUAACAAAUUGUUGUUUAUCACCAGUACUAGAUAAUACUGAUUCAAUUGAUAUAGAAGAUUUCAAUGUAACAAGCAAUACAAUUAAUGAAAAAGAAGAGUCUGCAAUUGUUGCUGGAAAAGAAAAAUUUCAAAAAAAUUCUGAAACUGACAAACAAUUGCUUAUUAAUCAUGAUAGAAAUAUGAAUGACACAGAUAAAGUGUGUAAUAUUCCAGAUAAUAAAAAUCAUCUUUCUAACAAAAGAUUAAAAGAAAUUAAAUGUCCAACUGAUACAAAGAAAAUUGUACAUUCAAAAAUAUGGGAACCAAUAUCUCUUACACAUAACAUUUCAAUAAAAAAGAAACGUAUUGAUCUAAUAAAUACAACAUCUUCAAUAAUUUCUAAGACUGAAUCUAGAAAAAGAAAAAUGAUAUCGCAAAUAUACAAGGAUGAAUGCAUAGUAAAUUUUCUUUUGAAAGAAUCUAAAAUGUUAGAAGAAAAUAAUUCUCUACAUAGAUCCAAAGAACAGAUACUGCCACAAUUUAAAUCAGAAGAGAUCGAUGAGAUACAGAAAGUUUUUCAGGAUUGUUUUAAAAGUAAAGAAAAAUUAACUUCUUUUAAUUGUGAAACAACAGAUGCAACAAUGGAUGAUUUAAAAAUGAGACAAAAUUCAACUGAAGAUAAUACAUUUACGGACGAUAUAUUCCUUGAUGAUUCUGGUAUAUUAGCAAAUUCGUCAAGUAUUCUUGAUUACGAGACACGUCCUGUUUCUCCAACUGAUUCAAUAAUUUCAAGGUCGAACAGUAUCUCUUCACAAUUUGAUUCACAAAAUUCUUUGCCAAAUUACGAAAGAUUGAUUGAAGAUAGAAUGAAAGAACUUUUAGAAAAUGCAGAUGUUCAAACUGAACUUGAUCGUAAAAUUAAUAAAUGGCAUCAGUCGAUACAAUCGAAACUUGCAGAAGUUGAACAAAAGCCUAUAUUUCGUAUACAAAAUUACGCAUCUCAAAUUAUUCAAAAAUUAAACGAUAAAAAUCAAAACGCUUCUUUUGAUAAUAUCGUUGAUGGUGAACAUAGCUAUGACGUAGCUAGAUAUUUCUUGGCAUUGUUACAAUUGGCCAAUACCUAUAACGUGGAUAUAAAAAAAAACAAAAAUAUUGAUGAAUGUAUAGAAAUUAUAUUACUUGAUGCAGGUAAAGAUGCUUAA